UUAUGUUUAGAUAUGUAUGCUGUGAAGAGUUGUCAGUGUAGCCAAUGUCUCUCCUCUUACUCCUGGUACAGUCAUCUGGCAACACUGUCUCGUCGUUAAUGUUUACUUUUACAAAUAGUUGGCGGGCAAGACUCAACCUUAUUACCUCUAUUGUGAUGGAUCAACAGUUGCAGAGAUCUACAAGAAACCCUAGAGAUGACAUCUUUAGUUUUUACAAUACAAAGUCCAUCACCCCAAGAAGAAAGAAGGAAAACAUGGAGAAAUUCCGACACAUUAUGGAAGAGAUACACGGGCAACAGCGGAACUCGCUACAGAAGUCUAACUCCAAGCUGUCUGCUAAGAAAGAGAUAGGCAGUCACGCCAAGCCGACCUCCUUGAGAGUCUCUCCGAGGUUUUCUCAGAAGAAAGGUCCUAUUUUAUCAAGAAAUCCCCAGGAGGCCCGGAGACAUUUGGGCAUCGUACAGUCAUCACAGAUGGAUCAACAGUUGCAGAGAUCUACAAGAAACCCUAGAGAUGACAUCUUUAGUUUUUACAAUACAAAGCCUAUCAGCCCAAGAAGAAAGAAGGAAAACAUGGAGAAAUUCCGACACAUUAUGGAAGAGAUACACGGGCAACAGCGGAACUCGCUACAGAAGUCUAACUCCAAGCUGUCUGCUAAGAAAGAGAUAGGCAGUCACGCCAAGCCGACCUCCUUGAGAGUCUCUCCGAGGUUUUCUCAGAAGAAAGGUCCUUUUUUAUCAAGAAAUCCCCAGGAGGCCCGGAGACAUUUGGGCAUCGUACAGUCAUCACAGGAAUGUUGCCGUACACUGCAGUUUGAAAGUGGAGAUGAAGGAGAUGGUCCAGAAGAUCACACUGAACCUCUGAACAUGAUGGAUAUGACAACUGUAAUUUCAGAAGCAUCCAUUCUCCAAGCCCCGUAUCAUCAACAACAGCCAAAGAAAAUCCCAGAACCAGUUAUAAAAAAGAGUCUCCUAAACUUAGCUGACACAAGUUCUGGAAUGAGGAAAACUGGUUAUAAUCUUCGAAAUAAAAAACUUCCUAACUACAUCUGCCAGUCCCGUGUACACAGUGAAGAAGAGAGGAAAGUGAUAUUUAAGACUGGUAUAAUAGAUGAUGAGGCUAAGACUUCUCACUCCAGUAUUGAGACAGUAGAGUCUAAAGAGGCUGUUAAUGAGAGUAGCAAUGAGCACACAUCAACAAUAAGUCCAAAGAAACUGAAUAAAGAAGACAAAACUAAUAAUGCUUCCUGGAAUGUUAAUGAAAAGUUCUCAAAAAAAGUGAGCUUUUCUGAACAAAAGAGAUCUGCAAGAAAAAUUCCCAGGAGGAGAAGUGCCAUUGCAUUGAGAGUUAGAACACCAACCUAUAAAAAUAAUAAAAAUCCAAGACGUCGUAGCGCCUCAAAGCUACCCAAACCAAGUGAUGUUCAACCAAUUAUUGGCAAACCAGUACAAAGACCUUCAGAUAGAUAUAAAAGAAAUGUAACUCAUGUUGAUACUGAAACUCCACUGCAGGAACCAGGAAAGGAAAAUAUGACUAGUACAUGUAUUCAGAAAGUUGAUACAUGUGAUGCUGCAACCAACACACAAAUUAAAUUUAUCAUUGGCCAGAGUUCUGCUCCUCAACUUACAACUGAAAUAGAAAAUUUACUUAAGGAACAAGAUGAAAUUAAUAAAAAGGCAAAUUUGUUGAUGAAGCAAAGUCAUACAAGACGCCAACAGAUGAAGGAGUCUGGUGUGAUGGAAAGUUUUAUGGCUUCUUUAUCGCCUUUGAAAAGAAUACGAAUGAUGUUGCAGAACAAGGAAGAUUAUGCUACAGAAAGCAAUGAUUCUCUCACCCCUAAAGGUUUGGAAAAUGAUUUUGCUAUGGAUGAGACUAUAAUCUCUCAUGGAACAUCAGUAUUCAGUGCGGCUUGCUGUGAUGACACAAACACAAAGGCAGGUGGUUCUGUCACUCAAGACUCGAGUGUCCUUGAGUCUAGCAUCUUAAACACAACAAACUAUUUGAAUGCAAGUCAGUCAUAUUGGAACCUUAUGAAACAUGAUAACAGAUUUUUACGAACACCAUCCAGUGUUCCAGCAAAGAAAUUUAUCAACCAGACACCUGUUCAAAUAGAAGAAGAAGAUGAACAAUUUGAAAAUGAAAAACCAUGGGAUAAGUCAACAUUCACAGAGCUAGCUGGUAACUGCGAGCGUCCUUCUCUGGCACCCAUGACACCCCACUCUCGUCAGCAAGUCUCUCAACUAAAGUUAUGCCUUAGGAAACAACUAGAAGACUUGUAUGAUUAAUCUAAGGUGGCCAGACGGUAAACUGGUACUCUCCUUUGGAUAAAUCUAAGAACCAUCCAGACAUCUAUGCAAAGCUCGAUGAUCCAGUAGCUGAUCCAAAACAACACCCCAUGAAUAAGUUCACAAGAAACAGUACCGGUACCAAGUGGAAAUCCACCGACUUACGACAGAUGGAACUUACUAAUUGUAUCUUGGCAUUUAUUGUCCAUGAUCUCCUUCCCCUAUCUCUGCAUGGAAGUGAGCGAUUCCGCAUACUCAUGGCAACUGCAGAGCUGAUGUUCACAAUGCCCAGUCGUAAGCAUCUGAGUAGUGUGAUUCAACCACUGUUCAGACAAGGUUGAAGACCCAGUUAUAAGUCCAGAAUCUAUAUCUCACCAUCGACCUGUGGUCCAGUAGGGAUAUGAGGUCAUUUAUAGGUGUGACUGGUCACUUCAUCCUUGACCACGCCAUGAAUAGCGUAUGUUGGCAUGUCAUCGCUUUAAAGGCUCCCAUACUUCAGACAAUAUCUAAGACAUAUAUCAGGAAACGGUGGCCUCCUAUGAUGUUGGAAGUAAAGUAACUACCAUAGUUACUGAUAAUGCAGCAAAUAUGGUGAAGGCAUUCACCCUAUUCCCAGUGGAACAACUUGAUGAUGAUGAGUUUGAUGAUAAUGACUGUGAUAUCCAACCACAUGAUGACACUACAAAGUUUGAAUGUCUACCCCCAAACUGUAGUCCAUGCUUCGCUCAUACUUUGCAGCUAGUGAUGAAAGAUGGCAUGGAGCAAGAUGGCCAAAUCGAGCAAAUUCUUGCAAAAGCAUCAAAGCUCAUCAGCUUCUGCAGGAAAUCAACAGUGGCUGCAGAAGUGCUCUCAAAUGAAUUCAAGCUCCAGAAAGCAACAUGUACAUGCAGUGUUAAAACUAUUCAGCCUCAGCUCAGUGGAGGUCUGGGUGAAAAAUUGCCUUGGAUUAUUCGGCUUGUCACGUAAUUUUUAUCUCAAAUUAUUAAUUUUUUUAUAGUGUUUAAUAUUUCAUAUUAUCAAUGAUAAAACACUCCAGCCAGCCAGCCUCCCUCCUCAGUGUCUCACACAUAAAAAGACUUAAAACUCUUAGAUGUGGUAUUAACAAAUAACUGGCCUUGGGUUAAAAAUGCUAUGAAAGCAUUUGAGGUGGAUGUAGGUAAAUGAUUAGUGGAUCUCCUGUUUUUGACCUGACCUGUUAUGUCACCCAAUUUUUUAUGUUAUUAUUUCGUUUGCGGUGAAGGUUGUGUUUGGAUUAGUGGAUAUCAUGUUACUAACCUGACCUGAAGUUAUGUAUGUAAGCCUCUGUCCUUGUAAAUUCAGCUGCCUCUGAAGAUGUCUUGACUAAAGACAAAAGCUAAGGUGCUCCAGUGUUUACCCUUUUGUGUGGUUUUACAUGUUACUGGUAAGUUUCCUAAAUACUCCCUACUAAAAUGUGGUGAACCUUAUAUGGUGUUUUGUAUAGAAUUAUUUAUUGUUUUUAUACAUUUAGUGCAUUUGCCAUAGGCUGAAGUAGGCUUUACUGUAUAAUGUGUCUGAGGUGUCUCUGUAGGUGUGAGCGUACCAACGGAAUUAUUCUUGAUUUAGCGAACUAAUUCACCAAAUCAAAAAAAAAUUCCUUCAGCUAAAUCAAGAGUUCGUUAUAUCGGAUUCCAUUAAAUCGAGAGAACGUAAACUGUUCAUUUGGGCUGUACUGUAGAGUACAAGAUUCAGCAAUAACAUUAACAGUAGUAAUUGCAAUUUAACUUUAUUUCAUGGUUUCCUAAAGACAAAUACGAAGUCUUACUGUUUAGUUUUAUUUUAAUUUUAUACAAUUGUAUCUUACUAUGUACAUGACACAUUCAGAAAUGUAUAAAUACAGUUUAGGAUAAAAAUAACCUAAGUUUUUUAUUCCAGACAAACAUGUACUAAAAUCUUGCCACUGUUAAAUUUUAACUUGUUUCCUGCUACUGUGCAGAAGUUACAUGGAUAAGAUAUCAUAUAUCUUAUGUCGAAAGCAUUCUGCACGGCAGCUUACCAAAUUAUAGAGCAAGAUAUUACCUACUCAAUAAUUUCAAUAGUCGAGAUGAAAUGUUUGGAAUCGGGCCAUGAAAAAGCCUUGAUUAGGAUUAGACUUCCAUAAACCUAAUAUUUUUUUUUU